AUCUCGUUGGCGCGGUCAGUUCGAUAAAAAUCAGUCUUCUUGGUAUUUGGGGUUGUCAGGUUGUCUUGGAUUGUCAUUUAUACAAAGCUGCUGUAAUCUUUAAAGUCUAAAGAAGUCUAAAAAAGUGAUAAUAAUUGUGGAUAUUACAAGUGUAACGAUUGUCAUUUAAAUAGUUUUUCAUCAGUUCAGUUUAGUUUGACAAUCAAAAACUUUUCGAUUGACAGUUCUUCUGUUUUACAUUCUCCAACCACUUUUUUUGGUUGGAAUGAUAAAUGGUAGUAACCAGCGGUAUGGUGUAUGAGGAGAUUGUGGUUCGGGGCAGCUGACCCCAGCCCCCUCGGACGCUCUUCGUUCGCGAGAUGCCCCAUAAUUUAAAUACAACUUCGGCUAAUUCUGCGAAUACGGGGUCAAACCAUCAGGCUUAUCCUCCGCCUCAACCUUAUCAGCGGAUCAGCGGAGAUGGAUUUCAACCAGAGAAAGAGCCGGUGGAUUUUGAGACCUCGCAUUUGCGAGGUGCCCCAGCAGAGGUCGAGGCACUCGUACACAAUAUUAAAGAAGUUGCACAACAAUUUCUCUAUCACUGGCGAACAUUUCCUAUCGCCCUGCCACCAUCUCUCUCGACAUGCACCGAUGGUGAUGACACAUUGGCUCGAAAAAAGCAUCAUUUGAGAGAUCUCUUUGUUGCACCGAGUUUCGAUGAAUUGGAUGCCGUUGCCGUGGACAUUAAAGGAGAGCCAAGAAGACUUACCAACAAACAAUUGGAGAGCAUUCGCGAAAGAGGCUUGCACAAGGAUAAGUAUGGAAAACCGAAGAAGCUGAAUGUCGUUCAAUUGGAAAGCAUUCGGAGAUGCGGAGAAUUUGAAGUUGAUUCCAUCAAUUUUCCUGGUCAAAUGCACAGAUGGAGAUUGAGUUCUCUUUUACAACGUGGCCGAGAUCGAAGAAGAGAUGCUCUUUUAUCGGAUCUCGCUUUAGCAACGAGAUUUUUAGUUGUAACUGCAAAAGCAAGAUUAGUGUCCCACUGUUUUAGUGUUUCGCAGUCAUUCCGAGCAAUGCUGACUGGUCUUCUUAGGCUUCUUGAUAUUUUAGUUGGCGUGCCAUCGCUUCAAGCACAGAAUUUAGAUGCCAAAAUUCGCGAAGAAAGAUGUAGAUAUCUUGUUGCUGAAUUAGUUUGCAAAUCGGAGUAUGAAGACUCGCUCGAGUUGCUCUGCGGUUUCGUACGAAGACAACUUCGACGAGCGACUAUGGAGAAGUUUGAAGUGGAAAGAGAGUCCUCUCAAUUGUUGCCGGUACCAGUUCCUUUUGUUUUCGGAACACCUGGAGGAGCUGCCGUUGAUCUUCGACUAUUUUGCAGAGAUAUAAUUAGAAAAGCUUUGCCAACUUUAGUUGCCAUUUUGGAGAGAGAAACGAGAGGCUGGUUUUUGCAUUUCAGAGAAAGACUCAUUUCGGAAUUGAGAGCUCAGAAGAAGACGGACGAAGAAAUCGAAAGAGAGGUGAACGAGGCUGUAAUGCGCGAAUAUUUGCAACGUGUGUAUUCAAGUAUUCUGUCUCAUCCGGACAUACACGUUUUGGGUGAAGGAAUCGCGCAGCUUCUUCUACAGCAGGCGCAAUCUGUUGUCCUAAUGCACAGGGCAGUUGAAAAUGUUCAGCGGAAAUUGAAUCAAACCAAAGACGCACUCCGAAAGCACAUAGAACACGAGCAUCCAGUAUUGUCUCGAAUUGGUCCAUGGAUGCGGGACAGAAUGCGAGAAGCUGAGACAAAUUUCAUCGAAGAGUGCGAGUGGAGUGCACACGAAGAAGCUCUUGCCUUGUGUAGCCAACAGAAUCUCCAGCAGACUGUUUAUUUUCUUAAUCGUGAUCUUACUUUUAUGCGAGAGAGAGAACCGGUUUUGUUAAAAGAAUUACGAAAAGUAAAAACACCAACAAGAAGUUUCCAAUGGCCGACGCAAAUUUGGCUCCCGAGAAAUUGGAUUGUUCGACGGAGUUUUCAAGGUCAAUCGGAAAUUAUACCAACUGUUUUGAGUAAUACUCCGACUUCCAUCACGACACCGCGUGCCGAUCCAAAUCAGCCAGUCUUCCUAGUGGAACGUGAAAUAAUCCAUACGACAACAACGAGAUGGCCAAUGUGGCGAUGGAUAAAUUACAUUGCAAGAACGUGGUGUUGGACUUGGAAUGCAAUGUUUCUGUUGGGAGUUGCAGUGCCCUGGUGCAGUCCUAUAUCGUUAAAAGCUCUUUUAUUAGUUGAACCAUUUACGCCUGAUUUAGAACUUAGCCAAUUAAAUGGAACUCUCUUCCCAAGAAAAUCUUCGCAAACUCCAACUCUUUAUUCUCGACUGACGACACUUUGGAGGCACAUUAGUAAAAGUCGAACACACUUCGAGACAGAGCCUGAUACUGGUUUCAUUGGAAAAGGAAUGACGAGACACAUAAAUAGAUUAUGGAAUUAUGGUGUUAAAGGUCUUCUAGGAACACUUGUGAUACUCUUCAUUUUUCCCGUCGUCUGCAUACUUAUCAGUUUUGGCUCCCUUUUUAUUGCACUUACUGCAAUUAUGUGGAUGCCAUUAAUAACGCUAACUUUACAUUCGUUUAUGGCUUUGGUCGUUGACUUGGAUUGUCCUGAGCCAAGUCAAAAUCGCUACCUCGUCGUUUUGGAAGCUUUAUGUUGGAAUAUUGGUGUUCAGGGCUUUUUACAACCGAUCGCUGCAUUAUUCGUCGCCCUCUUCAUUUGUCCUAUCAUUUCUUUUUCAAUAUUAACAGUGUCUGUGAUACGUUAUUGCAUUAGAGUCGUUUGGGAUACGUUAAUGUUUCAUCUCGUCAUCAAAAAUAGAGGGAGAGUUCCCGCUAGCGACAGUUUUGUUGUCAAACGAAUUGCCGGUCCUGGUUUGGCUUCGGAUUAUUAUUACCAAAUAAGACCGGAACAAGCGUUAGCAGCUUUCGAAGCGAAACUGGAACUCGACGAAUUGCUGGCAUUCCAACAGGAAAUGGAACGACUAAUAACACAGCCUCAACGAGAUUUUACACAAUUUGUCGAAGCAUGCUUUGGUCCAUUUGCCGCGAGUCUUGCCAAAACAAAGGAUCCGUAUCGAACACUGGAAAAAGAAGCGAGAAGUUUAAUUUCCGUUCUCCAUGAAAAACUCGAUCGACGUAGGAAAGAUUUACAAACAGGUCUUGGCGUUGUUGUUCGCAGUAAAAUAAAAUUAGCUACUUAUGACUUGAAGGUGGUGAUUCAGCAAGGAGCGAUGAUGCUGGAGCGUCUUUAUCCGUCACAUGUGCUUGCACGACUGACAACGAGCGAAGAAGAUUUUUGGGAGAACAAAGGUCUGAGUGUUGGAGACUGGGCUGGCCUUGCCGGUCUAAUGUACGCAGAAAUUUUUAGUCUAAAUUUCCUACAACCACUAGACGAUACGGACACAAAGUUCAAACUUGAACCACAUCCUGGAAUUGAUUUAACCCGUUACACAGAAAUGGUGCACAACACUGAAUUGGGCGGAAUAAAUGGUCCCGAUCUUCUAGGCGCUGUCUACGCACCACGUGGAAAUAUUCAAGUUCACAGUCCCUAUCUCGAGGUAUCGGCCUUUAAUCCAAGAUCCAAGCAGCCGAGCAACAGCCGAAAGUCCGACAAGCGAAGUGAGAAUACGGGACUAUUAACAUCGGCGAAAUUCCGACGUCGCACACUGUCGAGAAACAGCGACUCCGAGGGUCGCUGGCAGCCGUGGAAGAGACAAAUGCGACCGUACAGUGCGGAGAAACUUGUUAUUCCACUUCCAGUUCCACAUCCAGCGCAUAUAGCCGUUACAAUACACAAUCGCGACUCGGAGGAUCCAAUUCCGCUUGAUUCGGAGAUUUGUCAAAAUAUUCUUCGUGCUAUUGAGGAAUCACCAGGUGAAAUGGCAAUUGAAACGGUGAGUCGUUUUCGCAAUGGAAAUGGAGAUUCGAGUUUUGAUUCAGUAGCAUCGCAGUCGUCAGUGUCAAUUGACACGGGACUGGAUAAAGCUGACGAGACACAGGAAAGUGGAAACGAAGAGAAGGAGAGUGAAACUUAUCACUGGACCCUGUCUAAUUGGGGUGGCGGUAUGACCAGACGAAGAAAUAAUUCCGGCUCUGUGAAAGUUGAUCUUGCUUCACCUGAGGAUGUCACUCUUGAUACCGAUACCACUAGAGUUAUGUUCAGCACAUACGGAACUACUGUUUGAAGAUUUUUUGUAUUAUAUACAAAACGAUUAAGAAUUAAGUGUAGCUACUUUGGAGUAAAAUGGCAGUUUAACCGCCUUCUUUGUCCUUUCUGCGUUUCCGGGAGGAAUUCUUAAGGUGAGAGAGAGAGAGAGAGAGAGAGAGAGAGAGAGAGAGAGAGAGAGAGAGAGAGAGAGAGAGACAGUCUUUUUAUCUAUCCGAAUCGAUAUUUAAUCGAAAACAAAGCCUUUUUGCUACACUUGAUUUUCUUUUUAGAGAAAAAAAUGUUCUUUUUUUUAGAAAAGUAGGGGAAAAAGUCGCAAAUACUUUUUUUUAGAGAAUUUUAUCAAUUAACAGCUUUUUAAAGUUUACGAAUAUUUUUCAAGUGAUUUUUAUUUAAGACUUUUUUUCUAUUGAUCAUAGAGACUGACGCAGGUGAAUGACUUUAAUUUAGAUAUUUAAACGUUGAAUUAUUUUUAGUUUAAUAUUCGUAUUUUUUUUCAAUAAGAUUAAGAACAAUAUUUAUAAACUCAAAACUCGUCGGAAAAAUCAAAAAUUUCUUCCAAUUAACGAAACUUGCCUUGAAAUUAAAAUAUUCUUUUUUAAGUUUUUAAACUUCUCAACUGGGGAAUUUUAUGCAUUCUGCGUUUGCGCUUGAAGGGGAAAAUAAAUUUUUCAAUUUUUAAUAUCCGAGUUUUUAAAAUUCUCUUAAAUUUCUAAUUUAAUUUACUUUCAAAUUUAAUUAACAAUGUUUUCAUAAAUUACCUUUCGACUUUUAGUUAACAUAAAUAUUUAAAGUUUUUAUUAUCAGUGUCUUACGAUUUAAUUAGCAAAUACUUUCAAAAUUUUUGUGGAUUUUAAUUUUUCAAUCUUUAUUUUAUAUAAAGAAUAUUUAUUUAUACUACGAAUAAAAAUUAUUAAUUUUUAUUUUAUUAAUAAUUGAAAAUUAAUAUACUUAAAGUUACAAAAAGGGAAAAAAAUUGAAAAAUUUUAUAUUUUCUUUCAAGCGAAUCAACGUUUUCUCAGCAUCCUAUUUUUAUCGCGAAAAUGCCGUGGAAAUAAUGUAAAUAAAUAGGUGAAGAUUAUUUAAUUAUUAAUUAACUUAUACAUGACAAUUUUACAAUAAUUCUAAAUUAAAUACUUCCGUAUUAUUAAUGUUUUAUCAACGAGAGAAUCUCAAUUUGAGAAACUCAAUUUGAUUAAAGGAAGCAUGCACUGACAUUAAUUAAAAUUUCUUUCAUUAACAAAAUCAUUAGAUUUUCUCGAAAUAUGACAAAAUUUCAAAUUAUUUACUAUUAACAAUUCUUUAAUUCCAAUUAAAAUUGAAUUUAAAGACAAAAUUUGAUAAUUUAUUUAUUUUUCUGUUAUUUUUCUUUAUUUUUCUUUAAACAGAGAUUUUAGUAGAAGAAAUUUUAUUUAUUUCGAAUUUUAUUUUUUUAAAAAACGACUCUUUAUUCAGCACAUAAAUAUGGUAUAAUCGAAAAAAAUAUAUGUAGUGUUGUGAUAAUAUAUAUAUAUAUAUAUAUAUAUGUAUAUUAGUUAAGAGUAUGAAAAGAAAAACUUAUUUCGUACGAUUGUAAAAUAAAAAAAAAUUGAUUGAGAUAAAAGAAGUCUGCGUCGGAAUUACGUAAAUAAUUAACAAAUUUUUUAAUUGUGCAUAAUUAUAAAACAUUUUUAUUUUCUAUUAAAAAAAAAAUAAUUUUUCAAUUUCGAUUUUGUAAUCUAUAACAAUUUUUGAAUAUACCGAUUGAUUUUGAUUAAUUGAUUCUGAUUAAUGAAAUGACAAAUUUGUACAGUUAUUUUUAAGGUAUAAUGACGAGACUCAUGAAAUGUACAGUUUUAUUGUCACCACGUUCUGUGAAAAAGAUUUUUUUUUCGAAUGAAAAAAAAGAAAGAAUCUUCUUUUUCAACUAGAGCGUAAAAUAUCGAAAGAACAUAUUAUUGUAGAGUUAGUUGAUGAAAUUUUGUUUUUUGUCAAACUCUGCUAAAUAAAAUUGUACCUUCGGCUUUAAAAGCACUUGUCCAUGAAUAGAUGCUAAUGCGUUAAGAUAAAAAAAACAGAAACAGAGCAGUGUCCAUCCAGGUGAAAAAAAAUAACGAGGGAAUUCCGUCAGAAAUUGACAUUUUAAGAUUAUGUAAAAAUAAAAUCAAAACCCUUAUUUUAGAAAAAGUGUUACAGAUAUUAUAGAACACAUUUUAGAAUGUUCAAUAAGUCCAAAAAUAAAAGGAAACGAAAAGCCUAAGUAGCUAAUUACACAUUAUAAAGCAAUAGGUAUUAAAAUGCGUAAUUUAUUUUUAAGGAUUUUUAACUUGAUGUUAACUGAAUUAAAAAAAAAUGUUUUUUAAGUACAGAAAAUAGUUCAAAUGAAUUAAUUUUAAUCUGUUAGAAUUUUUUUUUCCAAAUUUUGAUCAUAUCAAAAAAGAAAUUCCUUGAAAUUAAAAUGACAAAAGUUUUAAAUCAGAAAGAAUGCGUUAAAUUAUAAAUAAUUCCUGUCACAAUAUCAAGACAAGAGUACAAAAUAAAAAUUGCUUUUUAUCUAAUUUUAACGAUUUUUAGAAAGUAAUUCGUUUUAUAAAAGGAAAAAUUGCUUUUUUGUAUGCUUGUCUCGAUAUUAUUGUUUGAAUUUUUUUUCAGUACGUCAGUCAAUAAAAAUUCGGAAAGAAUUUUUCUUUUGACUGUUUUUAAAAGCUCUCUAUUAAACAUUAAUUACAAAAACUUUGUUGUAAGGCAUCGCUGUAAAUAUGUGGAUUAUUAAUCGAUUUUUGUAGUGUCCAAAGAAUUGUUAGAAUUAGUUUUUUUUAAUAUAAAUCGUCGAAUAUUGAAUUUUUCACAGUUCACACUAUUUAUUUUUGCUUUUCUCCGAAAAUAAAUCUCAAAGUGUAUCGUACGUUUUUUCUAAUUAAUUGACAAUAUUAAUAUUUAAUAAUUAUGCGAUAAUUAAUAAAUAAUUAAUAAAUAAUUAUGCAAUAAUUAAUAAAUUUCAUUAAUAAUUAAUAUACAAUUAUAUUAAUAAUUAAUAAAUAGUUACAUUAAUGAUUAUUAAAUAAUUAUAUUAAUAAUCGAAACAUAAUUAAUAUUAAUAUUGAUACUAUUAAUUAAUGAUUGAUUAUGGAGAUUAUAUUCUAAAUCAAAGUGUGCUUUACCUUUUUUUUCUCAUAUUGAUACAUUUUCUUUGGACAAUUUUUAUCUCUGAAGAUAUUUCCGUUUUUUGAAAUAAUUUUUCAGAGUAAAAAAUUUUUUUUCAAAUCGUACAUACAUUUCAAAAAUAUACAAAAUAUAAUGUAAAAAAACGACUCGUGAGUAGAUGUGAAUAUUAUUUUGGCGCAUUUAAAGACGCAUGCUUUUAUUAAGGAAAUUUAGAAAUAGAGUUUUGUCAUUUUACGCCUGAUCCGAAUGUCGAAAUAAAAACAUUAUUUGAAUUGAAAA